AUGAGCAAAUCCGACGCGAUUGUUGCCGACCUCUUAAACGAGGUAAAAGGAUCGGAGCAGCCGUUCAUUGUGGAAAAGUUGGCGGCGGCGAGCGAGCCGGAAAACAAGGAGAAACCGCAUAAAAAAUCGCACAAGCACAAAAAAUCGGGUAAAAAGAAGAAGAAGAAGAAGAGCAAGAAAGAGCACAAAUCGCCAUCGAGAAAGCGGAGAAGAAGUCGAUCGCCGAAGAAGCAUCGGAAAAAGAGAAGAUCAUCGUCGUCCUCGUCGUCGUCAUCGGAUUCAGAAUUCGACGAAGAGCGGGAAAGAAGGAAGAAUCGAAAGGCUAAAAGUUCCGACGAUGUUCCAUCAGAUCCGAAUCAAGAGCCGAAUGACGACGAUGAUUUGCCGCUAGGCGCCGAUUAUAGCACAAAAUUGCUGAAAAAGGAUGUGAAAAUGGAGAUCAAUAUCAAAACGGUGCUGCCGGAGUGCUCGAAAUCGACGGAAACCGUCAAAGAAGAGGAGGUCGAUAAGGAAACGAAGGGAAAUUGUGCGGCGAAAGAAGAGGAGGAUGUCAAAAACGUUUGGAUUCGAAAAAGAAAUUUUGGCGAUUUUAGAGAAAAUCCAACAAGAAGCGUCGAUAUUCGUGCGAACGCCGUCGAUCUGCGAGCUCUUCCAGUCGAGACACGCGGAAGAGGACAAGAGAUUCCGGACGACGAUCGCCGACGCGAAGCCGACGACGAACACCAUCACGAAGCCGACGACGAAGCGUCUCCAGAGAUCGACGACGUCGUCGAAGUCGAUCGUAUGAUCGACGACGGAGCCGAUCAAGAGAAUGGCGAAGACGGAGCCGAUCUCGACGGCGAUCGAGGAAUCGCUAAGAAGAAUCGAAUGUGUGCGAUGAAUUCGACGAGUGAUCGAAAAGGCGCCACCGUUGACGAUUUCGUUACGUACUGUAAACGAAUCCAGAAGCGUCAGGAGCGCGAGAAGCGGCGAGAGAAGGGCGAAGACGUGAGCAGCGACGAGAGCGAAGAAACCAUUCAAUACAAGCAUCCCUAUGCGCUUCCCAAAAAUGAUCCGAUUCGGAUUAACAUCGUGACGGCUGCGAGUGCGAGUCUCGCGCAAAAAGCAAUAACCGCCGGCGAGGAGAAGGAGCUCGACCCAACGCAGCUCCACCAGCUUUUUCCCGUCUCAUCGGGCGCCAUUCAUAAAGAGAAUACGGAAUGGACGCCGGUGAUCAAAGACGACGUCGUUCCGAUGAGCUGCACCGACGUUCAGAAGAAGCAUGUGGCGUUGACGAGCGUCGAAAUCGAGAAAUGUCGUGUAAACGGGCUGCCGCCACCGCCAGUGCCCACCCAAUUCCUCUCCUCGAUUCUUCCUCCGCCUCCCCCGCCGCCAAAAUUUCUUCCCGAGCCCGCCGCGGCGCUCGCUCAUCGGCCGCCGUCGCCGCCCGCGCUUCCGCCGGUGCUCUACGUUCCGCCAAAGGAGAAGUUCAUCAUGAAGGAUCCGAACGACAUCAAAUUUCCGGCGCCGAACGACAUCAGGGAGACGCUGAAAAUGCGCGCCGACGCGCAGAAGCGUCUCGCCACGAAUCCCAACGAUUUCGACGCGCAUCGCGAUCUGAGAGAGGCGAAUGAGAAGAUUGAAGCGUGGGCGGCGUUGAAAAGUCUGCCCGGUGAGUACACGGGUACGACGGGCCUCAAACUCUUGACGCCCGAACAAUUGCAGCCCGAGAAUCCGAAAUAUCACGCCUGGGUCAAAAAGGAUUUGUUCAAAAACGCGCCGCCGGCAAUCGGCGGUGUCGGUCUGAAACUGCUCGAAAAGAUGGGCUGGCAACCGGGACAGGGUCUCGGCCGCGACGCCGCCGGCAGUUUGGAGCCGCUGACACUUGACGUCAAAAGCGAUCGACGAGGAUUGAUGGCCGAGGAGGAAAUGUCGAUCAAGCAGCGCAAUAAAUUGCGGCCGGAAACGGUUGAUUUGUCGACCAAAAACCCGGUGUCGCUUCUAAUGGAGUAUUGCGCGAAGCGCAAAUUCGCGAGCCCGAGCUUCGUCUGCGAGGAGCACGGCGCCGACAACACGAAAUCGUUCCUGUGGACCGUCACCGUCAAUAAUGUGCAAUAUCGGCCGUUGACGGGCUCGCGACAAAAAAAGGAGGGCAAAGCGAUCGCCGCGCAAGUCGCCCUGAUGUACAUGAAUAUCAUUCCGCGUGAUCCGAAUCUCGUGCCGACGUCGGCGAUUUUAUAG